AUGGAAAAAUCCUCGUCCAUCUUCAACUCGUUACUGUCGUCCAAUAAAAUUAUUGAAUAUAAAAAGGAAACUAUUGAGUCGACAUUAGAAGAGGUAAAUGCUGUCGAAGAAGAAAUUAAGUCAUUGAUUCCAACUUUAGUUUUAAAAAAUAAUAUUGAAAUUCGUGUUAAAAGCACAUUAAUGUUCACUAUGGUAGACGGAAAAGUUUGCAAUACAAUGACUGGUUCAUCAAGCCAAAAGUGCUAUAUUUGUAAGUGUUCUCCAAAAGACAUGAAUGAUAUAACCAGGGCGAAAAAUUUAAGUGUACAGCCUGAAUUGGAGUUCAAAAAAUGGCAGGUUCGGACAUCUGAUGAUAAAGUUAUUUUUGAAAAAAGAAAGAAAUACAUUCAAGAUCGAUUUCGAACUGAAACAGAUCUACUUAUAGAUGUAGUCUUGCAAGGCAAAGGAACAACUAAUGAUGGAAAUACUGCUCGUAGAUUUUUCAAAAAUGCUGAACUAACAUCCGCUAUAACAAAUGUAGAUUUACAACUCAUAAAACGAUUUGGAGUGAUUUUAAAGACAAUGUCCAGUGGUUAUGAGAUAAAUUUAGAAAAGUUUGAGGCCUAUACUUUAGAGACUGCGGAACUUUAUGUUUCACUGUACCCGUGGUAUUAUAUGCCUGCUUCGGUUCACAAAAUUUUAAUUCAUGGUACGGAUGUUAUACGUUCUGCCUUAUUACCCAUAGGCCAGUUAUCGAAAGAGGCUCAAGAGGCCCGAAAUAAAGAUUUCAGGAACAUCAGACAAAAUAGUACUAGGCAAAUAAACAGAAUCUUACAAAAUGAAGAUUUAGGCCAUAUGCUACUUGUAUCAUCAGAUCCCUACAUUUCAAGUUUAAAAAAAACAUCGAAAAUGAACUUAAAAUCAUUCGAUGAAGAUAUUAGGGCAUUACUAAUUGUUGAGGGAGAUAAAAAUAGUGACUCUGACAGUGACAGUGACAAAGACGAUGAUUCCGAAUGAAAUAUUGUAGAAUAUUCAGAAAAUCAAAAUUAUUAUAACUCUGUAUGGUUUUUAUAAAAAUAAAAAUACAUUUUCUUUCA